CCGGAGCAAAAGCUGGAGCGUAGCCCUCUGUGCUUGCUAGACCUGACCAUGGCUGCCUCUGCGAGCGAGACGCCCUGGAAGACUUUGUCUGCAGAGGAACUGGAGAAGCAGUACUCACCUAGCAGGUGGGUCAUCCGGAUGAAAGCGGAAGAAGUCGUCAGCACCUUCGUGCAGACAGGAAUCCAGGCCACCAGGAAAGCCCGGGCCACCAGGAGAAACCAGCUGGAUGUACCCUAUGGAGAUGGCGAAGGGGAAAAAAUGGACAUCUACUUUCCGGAUGAGGACUCCAAGGCUUUUCCCCUCUUCCUGUUCGUCCAUGGAGGAUACUGGCAGAAUGGAAGUAAAGGUGACUCGGCCUUCAUGGUGAACCCGCUGACAGCACAAGGGGUGGUCGUGGUGAUAGUGGAUUACGACAUUGCACCCAAAGGCACGCUAGACCGGAUGGUGGACCAGGUGACCCGCAGUGUUGCAUUUCUGCAGCGGCGGUAUCCAAGCAAUGAGGGAAUCUACCUCUGUGGACACUCUGCAGGAGCUCACCUGGCCGCCAUGGUGCUCCUUGCCAGUUGGACCGAGCAUGGCGUCACACCCAACCUCCAAGGUUUUCUCCUGGUGAGUGGAAUCUACGACCUGGAGCCCAUCAUAUCUACCUCCCAGAAUGCCCCUCUGCACAUGACCCUGGAAGACGCUCAGAGAAACAGCCCACAGCGAUGCUUGGAGAUGGCCCCAGCGAGGCCUGUGGGUCCAGCCUGUUCUGUGCUGGUGGUUGUGGGUCAGCAUGACUCCCCGGAAUUCCACCGACAGUCCAGGGAGUUCUAUGAGGCACACUCUUACGUCUGCUCCUCAUUCCUGUUCAGACACUGCGCCGAGUAGGAUGGAAGGCCUCUUUCCAGCAGCUGCGUGGUGUGGAUCACUUUGACAUCAUAGAGAACCUGACCCGAGAGGAUGACGUACUCACCCAG